GUUUCGUACACUUUUUUAAAUUCGCUCCAUGGAAUAUGACGAAAAAGACGAAAGCAAUUCCUUAAUUAGCCUUGUUGAUGAGCUAGCGGAGGAUAUAUGCUUUGAAUUAGUCUUUGAAUUUGAUGAACAACUCAGAACAUCUCAUAAUCCUGAGGAGUUGAUAGAGGCUGAGGAGAUUGAACCGAUUAUUGACAUCCGCCAUCUUCGGUUUCGCUCCAGUAAAGACUUUUUAGGAAAUGAAGUUGUAAAUGCAAAGUAUCCUGAAGUUUCUUGCCCGAACUGUGAACGAAACGUAAUUGUAACUAAGCUAUCAUGGCAUAUGAGCAGAUGCAUGUUUCCAAAUUCUGGACGGGCUGCUGCCCUCAGGGCUAGAAAAGAUGAUCAAAACGAAGAGGAUUCUGAUUCUGGAAGUAGGAAAAAGGUGAAAACAGUUAAAAAAUCCAAGCGGAAACUGCCUAAUGAACUCCUCGUUGCUGGAACGACAACAAGGGCUCAACGUCGCAAUGGCAGACGCGGAGAUUUUCUAUUAGACGACACAAGUAUUGAAGAUGUAAAACCAAAAACAGUAGAACCCUUAAAAAUUCGAAUCCCAAAAGAGGCUUUAGACACUCCAAAACAGUUAAAAUCGCCUCUCAGCCCCAGAACAAUUAUACGAAAGCCAAUUUAUAAACCUUCUUACUUAAGAUCAUACUUGAAAAGUCAUAUGAAGCAUAAACGAAUCAAUUCCCAAUUAUCUCCAACCUAUACCUUUCAAGUUCAGUCUGGCGAAGAACUACAAGAAAUUGAAAGGGUAGCAGAAAACGAUUAG